AUGUCAGGCUUUGAUGUCAUUCUUGGUAUGGAUUGGUUGUCCUCGUAUCGUGCUAUUAUAAAUUGCUACCAUGGAAGGGUUAUGGUGUGUACCACAAGAGGGGACUAUUUUUAUUUUCUAGGGGAUAGAACUCACGGAGGAUUGUCACCAUUGUAUGAUCCAAGAACUCAGGGUAAGCUUAGUUUCCUUCUUGCAACCAUCAUAGAUGAUGAGAACAUUGUGGUUCGAGAGAUGCUUCCUAAGGUACUCUAUGAGUAUCCAUAUGUUUUUCCUGAGGAUCUUACUGAGUUGCCGCCUCAGUGUGAAGUAGAAUUUUCUACAGAUUUAGUACCGGGAACAACAUCUAUCUCAAUGUUGCCAUAUAGUUUUGCCCUAGUGGAGUUACUUAUGUUAAAGGAGCAGUUACAGGAAUUGUUAGACAAGGGUUUUAUACGUCCUAGCACGUCACCAUGGGGAGCAUCGACCCUCUUCGCUAAGAAGAAAGAUGGUUCAUUCUAG